AUGCAGCUUUCUCAACAGAACGGUCUGCAUAUGCUUAGCAGGAGACAAGAUUUCUCACAGAACCAUUUGAUCAGAGAUACCAAUAGCGAUGUCUUUCUUGCUACUCUGUGGGCUUGGUGCAAGCUGAUCUGCUGCUGUGUUAAUGUGUACUGCGGCUUACAUCCUCACCUCUUUCAAGAUGCCUUCGACUUGGAGCUACAGAGCAAUGAUGUCCUCGACUCUUUGAGCAAACCCAUCUUUUGGAUGCUGCGGUUUGUCGGCCUUGUUUUGAACGCCCAUCACACUUUGAUGAGAGGCAGAUAUGGAGAAGAAGACGUUGAGAUGCCGUACCAGCUUUUAUCUAUGGUCAAAUUCUAUGACGACGAGAUCUUAAGGAUCAGGCGACAAGCUCAAGCGUAUCUUGCUGGGAUCUAUUUCAACUCUGCUAGGUUGCACAUUGGAGCGUAUUAUUUCUUUAUCUCCAAGCCCUCGCCUUCGAAGCUCUCACGUCUUGUUGAGCUCCACCACAUUGCCUGCGCCUUUAUCGACAACAUCACGGAUCGAGAUCAAAAGGACGACUACGCUCUCUACAUUUCUGAGCAAUAUUACAGGACGCUCACUCUCGCCGCCAUGGUGAUACUGCGGAUAUGUCGCAGCACCGAACUCAACUCGGCCAUCGACUAUCCACUUGGGGAGCAAUCGUACUUCGCGGCAAUUCGCAUUUUCAAGAAGAGAGCCUUGAAGAAUAAUGACCUCAACGCUCGAAUGGCGGCUACGUUGUCGCAGCUAUGGCGGAGUAAGCGCAUCUUCGCACGACGUGAUGGAUUAAUUGACAGCCUGAAUGUUCGAAUUCAAACUCGAGGGUCAAUGGGAGUGGCAUACGACUGUCUCUGGUGGUGGCGGCAAGAAUUCUUAGGACAAUCCAACCCGUACUCGGAAGAGAGCAAUGGUAAUCAGGCCCAAGCCCAAGCCCAAAGCCAGAGACUCUCGGUCGCUAAUCCACAGGCUGUCACUUCCACUCACCAGCCAAGCACCACUCAACUACCGGACUUCGACACCAGCGUCUGUGGUCAAUUAGGUGUGGACGACGAUGCCUUUUUUUCGGAAUGGAACUGGUCCACCCAUGCAUUUUUGUCCGGCGAUCUAUCACACGAGUUCGGGGAGUCGGUUAUAGGCAUGUAA